UGGAUAUUCGUUGGCUUCGGUUUUGAACAGUUGAAUUGUCUUGAUCAACGGCUUUCCCUCGUUUUUGUUUUUCUUUUAACGUUGUCGUUUACGUUUUUCAUGGAGGUCCAGCGUGGUCAACAGAGAAUGGAGCCGUGGUACAGAAACGACAUCACCACUACCAACAACUACACCAAGAACCAAACGACGACUGCCCGCCUCCUACCAACUCCAGAAACUCCGAGCGAUUACUCACCUCCGUCUGCUGCUUCUCUUGCAUCGAAUCCUCACCAACAGCCUUCCCCACAGACAUCUCCACCCCCGCUCACCUUUAACGGAACGCCGCAGCCGUAUUUGGACCCAUUAAUGACAUUUUACGAUUCAUCGCAGUCGUCUCCCACAAAUGUGGCCGUGGAUGGAGAAAUGGGUUCCAUGGAGUUAUUUUCAGAUAUGGGUGGAGACAUGUGGGCUGCGUCCGCCGGACUCUUGUUUCCGCCGCCACCAACGUCGGGCCAGCCUCCAGCGGUCCCGCAAAUGUCAAAGGGCGUCCCGGGCUUUCAACCCAACCCAUGUAUGAAUCCCGUGCGACGAAACCACAACAACGACGUGUCUAUUUCAUCAAACAAUAAUGUCCUUGGUGGAAUCGAUAGAAGAGCGUCGGUGCCCAACCUGGGUUCCUGGAUGCAAGACAAUACACCACGGUCCCAACACAUGAACCAUAUUGCACCGGACCAACCGUCAAACAACAACCACAACAAUACCAAUAACAUCCAUAUGGCAGGACACCAACGGAAACCAUCACAACAACAACAACAACAACAGCCAUCAUCUACCGUCACACCCACCCCAACCCGUACACGAGCAAGAUCCCACAGCGAUGCCACACCCGAAGGCGGAUCAGACGAAGCCGCCCUCCAACUCAAACGCCUCCGAAACACGGAAGCAGCCCGCCGAUCCCGUCUCCGCCGCGUAGCAAGAAUGGACGAACUCGAAGCCCGCAUCAAAGAAAUGGAAGCCGAAAACCACCGUCUAGUCCUCCGUGUCGCAUCCCUCGAAAACGAACGCGUCGCCCGUGAAUCAAAAUCCUUUGCAGACGAACAAAAAAUUCGUAAACUCGAAGGACAACUCUCUGAAGCCGCUCGCUAUGUCACAGCCGCACGAAGAAUGAAAAUCCAAAUGCAACGAUACAUGACAGCCCUGAAUGCCACUGGUAAUGGAGGAUGGGAUGCUGUUAGUGGUAGUAUAGGAAAUGGAAUGGAUAGUGGAUGGUUAUCCUCCAAUGCGCCUGUAGAUAUUAAUCCGGGCAUGGUAUUAGGGAGUAGCCCAGAAUCCACCAUGAUGGGUUCAUUAGGGACUUCUGCAAUGGGAACUGCGAGUGGAGGAGGAGAAGAUUUGAUCAAUGAUUAUGGGGUUGGGUUUGGCUGAAGACAAAAGGAUGUCUUGCUUGUUUUUUUUUUAUUUUAAUGAAAUUUGUGUGGUGUACAUACACAGCACAAGGAAGCGUAUAUGCAUUUGCUUUUUUGGCAAACUUUUGCUUCACAAGAGUCGUUUAUUAAACGAUCAUGCAAUGCUUCACAUGCCA